CACAAGUGGCAACACAGGACAAUAGUAAAUGUCACAAUAAAAAUCACGAACCCUGUGUUCGCGAAAGGAAAUUGAGAAAUAAUAUUUACAAAUCUAUAAUGUGAUCAGAAAAUAGUGUUCGCAAUACAAAAUAAGGAUAUUGCAAUCAUGGCUGUAAAUUUAGAAAGCUAUGACAGCUUGCCGCCCGACGAGGAGCCUAAAUUAAAAUACGAUAGACUAGCAAAUGAUGUACAAAAUAUCUUAUUGAAAGACGCAGUGAGUUGUAUAUGUGUGCAUACCAAAUUUAUUUGUUUAGGAACACAAUGGGGCGUGAUACACUUAUUAGACCACGAAGGGAAUACCGUGCCUAUAUCACAAGAUGGCAAGAACAAAGAGCUGCAGGCUCAUGCAAUAGCUGUGAACAAGAUCUCAGUGGACUUGAACGGGGACUACAUAGCGAGUUGCUCGGACGACGGCAAAGUGCUCGUGUACGGGCUGUACACUGACGACAACACACACAACCUCACCCUAGGCAGAGUUGUCAAGUCUAUUGCUUUGGAUCCUUGUUAUUUCAAAUCAGGAUCAGGUAGAAGGUUUUUAACAGGUGACAACAAAUUAACAUUAUAUGAGAAGACAUUCCUGAAUCGCCUUCGCAGCACUGUGCUGUGCGAAUGCGAAGGCUACGUCCAGGCGAUGUCGUGGCACGAGCGGUUCGUCGCGUGGGCCAGUGAAGUGGGCGUGCGCGUCUACGACCUGGUCGCGCGCUGCUCCCUCGGGCUCAUCCAGUGGGAGAAGACUCCUAACAGGUCUAUAGAAGACUACCGCUGUAAUCUGCUGUGGUCUGCCCCCAAAACGCUCAUGAUUGGCUGGGUAGACACCAUCAGAAUCUGCGUCAUCCGAAAACGAAGUCAAAUCGAACUCCAGACACGAGAUGUAACAGAAUAUUUAGUUGAUCCUGUAUACACCUUCCAGACUGACUACUUUAUCAGUGGUUUAGGCCCACUAGAUGAUCAGCUGGUUCUACUGGGAGUACCCAAAGAAAGCGACCCCGAAACCGGCAAGGCGCAGAGGCCGGUGCUUGCCGUUGCCGAUUACAAAGACUGCGAGUUUUAUGAAAUAUCGACAGACAGUCUUAACAUUUGGGGCUACGAAGAGUAUUCCUGUAACGACUAUUAUUUAGAUAUGCUCAUAGAAGAGAACAGAUUUUUUAUAGUAUCUCCGAAAGACAUUGUUGUAGCCAGCCCCUACGAUAUAGAUGAUAGAGUAAAAUGGCUUACAGAACAGGGUCGUUUUGAAAAGGCAAUAACAGUUCUUGAAGAAGUAGGCGGUAAGACAACGAAACACUCAGUAGUGACCGUCGGAGUCCAGUACUUAGACCACCUGAUGACCGAACACCUGUUCGAGGACGCGGCCGUCUUGUGCGCUAGGAUUUGUAAGAACGACAAAGUCUUAUGGGAAACACAGAUAUUGAAGUUUGCUGAAGUGAAUCAGCUACGAGCUAUCAGUCCCUAUGUGCCUAAAACAAGUGAGCAAGCAUUGAGUUCGCAUAUAUACGAACUUAUAUUCUAUGAAUAUUUGAAACUAGACCCGCAAGGGUUCUUGAAACUUGUUAAAGAUUGGAAACCAACUUUGUACAGAACAGGUGUUAUUGUUAAUGAAGUAAUAGAACAUUUAUUGACCACAGAGGUUGAUAAAAAUAUAUAUUUAGAAGCUUUAGCACUACUGUAUUGCUCUCAGAAGAAAUACGAUAAAGCUUUAACAACUUACUUGACCCUCCAGCACAGAGAUGUAUUCACUCUAAUCACUAAACACAAUAUGUACAAUGUGAUACACGACAAAAUCCUGAACCUCAUGACUCUCGACUGUGAUAAAGCGAUAUCUGUCCUUCUAGACAAAACUAAGGUACCUGUAGAAGUUGUCGAAAAACAACUCGCUAAGAAUGACUUCCUCCUUUUUAAAUAUUUAGAUGCUUACAGCAAAAUAGAACCUAAUGGCAGAUAUCAUGGGAAAUUAAUAAGGCUGUACGCAAAAUAUGCAAGGGACAAACUACUUCCAUUUCUAAAAUGUAGCGAUAACUAUCCAAUACAAGAAGCAUUGGAUGUGUGUCAAAGUAAUAAUUUCUACCCUGAAAUGGUGUUCCUAUUGGGACGCAUUGGCAAUACUAGAGAAGCUUUACAAAUAAUAAUAGAACAGCUUACAGAUAUUAAUCAAGCAAUAAACUUCUGCCAAGAGCAUAAUGAUAAGGAGCUGUGGACGGAUCUUAUCAAGCGCACCGUGGACAAGCCCGAAUACGUGACCUUACUACUCAAGAGAAUUGGGAACUACGUGGAUCCGCAAAUGUUGAUAGAGAACAUCAAGUCAGGCUGCGAGAUCAAGGAUCUCAAGGACUCUCUCGCAAAAAUGAUGUGCGACUAUCAUCUUCAGCUUUCAGUGCAGGAAGCGUGUAAAGUGAUUACCCUGAGGAACUACUUCGAGCUGCAUCAGAAGUUGAUCGUCAACCAACAGAGAGGCAUCUCCGUGACGGACGACUUCAUGUGUUGUGUGUGCCAAGGUCGCAUUAUAAUAAGAGACUUGUCGAACGCUUCAGACUUGUUGGUUUACAACUGUAGGCAUUCGUUCCACAAAGAGUGCCUUCCCGACGGCGUCGCAUGUGACAACUGUUCCGUGUGUAGCGCCGUCAAAAUGUGACCCUUAUAUAUUUAUAAAGCUCAACUCUUAGAUAGAAACUGUAUAUAAGUACAACUAAAAAUUGUAAUGAUUGAACAAUAUUUGCCAUUAUUAACUUGUAUAAUUAUGUUAACCCUAUUAAUUAAAAUAUUUAUCAAUGUUUGGUGCUUUUAUAAUGAAGUAGCUUGUAUAAUUUUCCUUGUAUAAGAUAAACUCCAAAUAUCAAUAAUACAAUUCUAAUAAAACAUGUUGCUGGUA